AUGAUUGAAGCUAUAUGCAGAAGCUAUAUAUGGUCUGGCGGCAACACUAUCACUAAGAAAGCUUAUGUUUCUUGGGAAAGAAUGUGUACUCCCAAAUCUGCUGGUGGACUGAACCUCAUCAACCUUCUUCUAUGGAAUAAGGCAGCAAUUGCAAAAGUGUGCUGGGAUUUAGCUCAUAAAGAAGAUAAGCUUUGGAUCAGAUGGAUCAAUGCCUUUUAUGUGAAACAACAACAGCUGGAGGAUAUGCCAAUCCCAAAACAGGCUAGUUGGAUGGUCAGGAGAAUAAUUGCUUCAAGAGAUAUCCUACAACAAGCUCAAAGUUCAAAUGAUCACAGGUGCACCAUCAGACAGCUAUACCUACAGCUCUUAGGAGAUCUACCAAGAGUAAGUUGGAAGAACCUGCUUUUCCAGAAUUCUGCUCGACCAAAAGCUGUGUUUAACCUACGGUUAUUGCUACAAGGAAGAUCACCAACCAAGGAUAGAUUAGUCAACUGGGGAUUGAACAUUAGCCAACAGUGUGUUCUGUGCCAAGGACAUGCAGAGAUAAGAGAUCAUCUAUUUCUGCUAUGCUCUUAUACAACAAAGUUGUGGGAACAAAUAAUGAAAUGGAUUCAAGAAGAUCAGUCAAAUAAUCAUAAUUGGGAACAACAUCUUCAAUGGAUCAUCAACAAAGCCAAAGGGAAAUCAAGUAGGGCCAGCAAUUUCAGAUUGGUGAUCACUGAAGUCUCCUAUGCAGUAUGGAUGGAAAGGAAUACACGUAUAUUUGAGCAGAGAUACCGCAGCUAG